UGCUCUCAAUGUAUACAACUGUUUCCCGCCAUUUUGAACUGCCUGGCACUUGGCGGAACAGAACAAGCCCAAAGUGGCACAUUUACAUGGAUUUGCGUCGAUUCUCUGGCUGUGCUCAUCCGAAAUGCAUAUAAAACAGCUGAUAAUACAAGGUUUUCGGAGCUACAAAGAGCAAACUUGCGUGGAGCCCUUCAGUCCACGCCAUAACGUGAUAGUUGGUCGCAAUGGAUCGGGAAAAAGCAAUUUCUUUUACGCUAUCCAAUUUGUGCUGAGCGACGAGUUCUCCCAUCUGCGCCCAGAGCAGCGGCAAGCGCUUCUGCAUGAAGGCACAGGACCACGGGUGCUUAAUGCCUAUGUUGAAAUCAUAUUUGACAACAGUGACAAUCGUCUGCCGGUUGACAAGGAAGAGGUGUCCCUAAGGCGUGUUAUUGGCUCCAAGAAAGACCAGUAUUUCUUGAACAAGAAGAUGGUUACGAGGACGGAUGUCAUGAACCUUUUGGAGAGCGCCGGUUUCUCACGGAGCAAUCCCUACUACAUUGUGAAACAGGGCAAGAUAAAUCAGAUGGCUACAGCGCCCGAUUCACAACGCCUGAAGCUGUUGCGAGAGGUGGCAGGCACGCGGGUGUACGAUGAGCGGCGUGAGGAAAGUAAAGUGCUGCUGCGGGACACUGAAGGCAAGCGCUCCAAGAUCGAGGAUCUGCUCAAGUACAUUGAGGAUCGCCUGCAGACACUUGAGGAGGAGAAAGAGGAGUUGAAGGAGUACCAGAAGUGGGACAAGAUGCGCAGGUCACUGGAGUACACCAUUUAUGACCAUGAACUGAAGGAUACGAAAAAGAAGCUGGACGAACUGGAAACGCGGCGCGAGUCCAGCAGUUCAGUGGCCGAGAAAUUGCGUGAGAACCUGCAGAAUGCGGCCGAAAAGAUAAAGAAGCUGAGCAAGGAGCUGCGAGAGGUGAAAAGUCGAGCACAGGCUCAUCGGGAAGAGCGAGAGGCCCUUUCGCAGGAGCAGUCGUCUGCGUUAAAGGAGAAGACCCGACUGGAGCUCACCAUCAAGGACCUUCGCGAUGAGGUCGAGGGAGAUGACUCGUCUCGGAAGCGUGCCGAGCGGGAGCUGGCCCGCCUUCAAGAGACGGUGGCACAAAAGAUGUCAUUGCUUGAUGGCAUUCGACCUCAGUAUGAGGCACAGAAAAAGAGAGAGGAGGAAUGCACAAGAGAGCUGAGCCUAAAGGAACAAAAGCGCACAGAGCUGUAUGCCAAGCAGGGCCGUGGCAGCCAGUUUACAUCUAAGGCAGAGCGGGACAAGUGGAUACAGAAGGAACUCAAGUCUCUGCAGAAAGCCAUUCGUGACAAGCGUGACCAGAUAGACAAGCUUCAAGAGGACACACAGCGAGAUGCAAAAAACAAGGUGGUCUUGGAGAGGAAAAUUGAAGAGCUUACUCGAGAACUGGAAAAUCAUCGUGUGAGCAUCGACAGCCAAAACAAAAGUUUCUACGAAAUGAAAAAGCGAAAAGACACACUUCAAGGUGAAAGAAAUGAACUGUGGAGACAUGAGAAUGCCUUGCAGCAGAACUUGGCGACAUUGAAAGAGGAGCUGUCUAAAAAGGACCAGGGCCUACGGUCCAUGACUGGCAAGGCAACCUUGAACGGCCGAGACAGUGUGCGGAAGGUACUCCAAACUUUUCGUGAGAAAGGUGGCAGUUACGAGAAUGUUGCCAACAGCUAUUAUGGAAUGCUGAUUGAAAACUUUGAUUGUGAGAAGACCAUCUAUACUGCUGUCGAAGUGACCUCUGGAAACAAGUUAUUUUAUCAUAUAGUGGAGAGUGAUCGCAUUGGGACGAAGAUACUGCAGGAGAUGAACCGUCAGCAGCUGCCUGGCGAGGUCACCUUCAUGCCUCUGAACCGGCUGAUGUACAAGGACGUUGACUACCCCAAUAGCAAUGACGCCAUUCCUAUGAUUAGUAAGCUUAACUUUGAUCCUAAGUUUGAGAGUGCUAUGAAAUACAUAUAUGGAAAAACCCUCAUAUGCCGGAACCUGGAAGUAGCCACUCAAAUAGCACGGACAUCAAACUUGGAUUGCAUCACUUUGGACGGCGACCAAGUUUCACACAAAGGUGCCCUUACGGGAGGCUACUUUGACACCCGACGAUCGCGGCUGGACCUUCACAAGGCACACAUGCAGCUCAUGAAGGAGAUCACUGAAGUUGAGAAACAACUUGCCGAACACAAGCAGAAACUGGCUGAUACUGAAAGCCAGAUCAACCAAGUUGUCAGCGACAUGCAAAAAGCUGAGACAAAGAACAGCAAAAACAAGGAUGUCUUCGACAAACUUAAGGCUGACAUUCGUCUCAUGAAAGAAGAACUCACAGCUUUGGAACGCUCUAAACAGCCAAAGGAGCGCAGCCUGGCUAGCCUCGAUUCGAGCCUGAAGUCGAUGGAGUCAACCGAGCAGUCCCUUCGGUCAGAGCUUCAGCAAGACCUCUUGACACAGCUUUCUGUCACUGACCAGCAAGAAGUGGAUAGGCUGAAUGAUGAAAUUCGCCGUCUCACCCAAGAGAACAAGGAGGCCUUCAGCGAGCGCAUGCGGCUCGAGGCGGAAAAAAACAAGCUCGAGAACCUGCUGAACAACAAUUUAUAUCGGAGGAAAGAAGAAUUAGAAGCUGCAUUGCAAGAAAUUUCAGUAGAAGACAGACGGCGCAAGCUGGAAAACAGCCAAGCUGAAUUGGGAAGUGUGAAUGCACGUAUUACUGAUGUCAAUACCAACCUAAAAGCACUCGAGAAGCAGGUUGAGGCUAACACUAAGGAACAGAAGGACCUCCAGUCUCAGCUUGAGCACUGGAAAAGCCAGGAACGCGACUGGCAAGAGCGGAUCAAUGAUGACGCUAAAGACCUGGAGAAAAUGACUAGCCGCCAAUCAGUACUGCUCAAGAAAAAAGAAGAGUGCACACGCAAGAUACGAGAACUCGGUUCAUUACCUGCAGAUGCAUUUGAGAAGUAUCAGAAUCUAAGCCUAAAACAGUUGUUCAAGAAACUUGAGCAAUGUAACCAUGAGCUAAAGAAAUACAGCCAUGUAAACAAGAAGGCCUUGGACCAGUUCAUCAAUUUUUCUGACCAGAAGGAAAAGCUGGCGAAGCGCAAGGAAGAGCUUGACCGUGGACACAGUUCCAUACAGGAGCUGAUGAAUGCCCUGGAGAUGCGCAAGUACGAAGCCAUUCAGCUGACCUUUAAGCAGGUGUCCAAGUUCUUCAGUGAGGUGUUUAAGAAGCUUGUUCCCCAAGGACAUGCCACACUUAUGAUGAAGACUGACAGUGAAGAUGGUACUGCUCAGGGAACACAUCAUACGCCUAAGUGGUGCGAGGAGGGUCUCCAGCACUAUGGUCAUGGAGGAAGAAUGGCAGGAGGAGAAACUCAUCUCCUUGCCGCGCCGCGAUUGUCACCCCCAGGGAGCAGCCGCGGACGUCGUGACAGCACCGCAUACAGAACCACAGCCGAACUGCCGUGCUAGAGCAGCAGAUGCGAGAAGCAUCUGCUGCUCAUUGCACUUCUCAGAUACGCUCGCUGAACCUCUCAUAAGCACUUCAUAAAGUUGAAAUUCACACAGCCUGAUAAACUAGUGCAGAGUAUGGCUGUUGACACUGGCCCGACAGUCCCAACAUGGGUGUGGUACCGGUUAACCUAGGGUCGACUUUGGGGACCCAAUGAAGUUAUCUCAUCAUAUCAUGUGGCUUACACUGCCAGAGGCCAAAAUCUGUCUGAAGCUAACAGCAAGACUGCCAAGGGUAGGGUGUCGAUUUAGGUUUCAGUAGAAUGCGUGUAAGAUUUCUGAUACAUUAGUUGAAAGUUCUCUAACGAAGUUUUUCGUUCAUUUUGCUGAGUAACAAAAUGCAACAGUGAUAUCUGCGCGCACGCACUUGCACACAUUCACACAGACUAUCGCCUUCUUAAUAUCUAGCACGCCUUAGCCCUCGGGCUGCUAUCCUUAUUGCAAACUCCUCAAACUUUCUAUCACGGACAACGCUGUUUUUUGUUGUUAUUGUUCUGAACCAAAGAUGCCGACGCUGACACCGCGGAAACCAGCAUUUCAACUAAACGAGCUCUUUAGUGCUGUAGCGUCAAAAUGCAACCGCUUUUUACAGGUCAACGUUUGCUGCUGUCUGUGCAUUUAUACCACAAAAAUACUGUUAGCCAGUGAGCUGCAUAUGCAAUUAGGAAAUCAAUUUUGUUGAAGCAGAGUCACAGUGUAAUAAUUUAUUGACAUCUAUGUACAUCUGUAUAACCAGCGUAAUAAACUAGCGAGGCUCCCCGGCAAUACACAUGCGGAUCGAGUUGCUCACGAGUUAGCGCCUUGGCCCAUCCUCCGCGAGCGCCAUCUUUCACAUCAAAUGAAAACAUCCCAGGCGGCGAACACAAUCUGGAUGCAGCGCCGGGUGCAGUGUCAUCCCCUAACUUAUUUUUACAUCGUGGUCGCGACGAAGCCUACCCAAUGUACGCGUCUGUCCUGUGCCUCUCUUGAGGCCAUGAACACCAUUGGACCACUGGCGCAUGCUGUGUUUGAGGAGCGGCGAGGUCCCCUCGACCGCUCCAAUAAAGACAAAACUCUAUUUACAGGACCUACUUAAGGCCCUGUAAAAUCACUUUUCUUUCUUGACGCACAGCGCACACACUCAUUCAAAAUGAAUACCAUAUUACAAUGGAAUGCUAGAGGACUCAUACCGAACCUCGACGACAUACACAAACUUCUUAGCAAAGUCGGUCCAAGAAGUGCUGUGUGUUCAGUCGAUGCAUGUAAACCCUAUACACACGAAUUUUCUCAGCCAAUAUGUUAUCUUUUAGAAGGAUCGCCAGAAUGCUCUUGCAUCCUCUGGUGGUGUUGCAAUUGUACUUGACAAAAAUGUAGCAUGUCAACACUUUCCGCUCCAAACGGCACUGGAAGCAGUAGCUUCUCGAGCUGUUAUUGGAAAGAAACUCAUCACAAUCGGCUCACUAUACAUACCACCACACAACCAGCUGCACAAACACGACAAACACGAAUUUCAAUCAUUUACUGAUGAGUUGCCCGAGCCUUACGUUGGCCUCUGUGAUUUUAAUGCUCAUAGCAGCUUGUUGGGGGACUCUCGCAUUGAUACGCUGGGCCGCCUCAUUGAAAUUUUCUUUUUUCUAUGGGAGCAUGUUCACUAAAUAAAAAUAAAGACACCUUUUUAGCCUCGCAAACAAAUCUUAUUCAUCAAUCAAUCUUAGCAUCAUAUCUCCAUCAAUUUUACUUGAAUUUAGCUGAAAACUGAUUAAAAACUCAUUUGGGAGUGACCACUUCCCAAUACUACCCUAAACACAAAAACAAGAUCAAUCUCCAUCGCUGGCUCCUCAGUGGGAACUUCAUAGAGCCUACUGGGAGGAGUUCCAUAACAUUGCUCAUAUCUUGUAGACUGAGAUGGCUUCUUUAAGUAUUGCUGCUGCUGUAGAGUAUUUUACCACUUUUAUAAUUAAUGCUGCUUUUAAAAGCAUACUUGAAGUAACUAGGGCAACAAGCAAACGUGUACCCUGGUGGAAUGAUGAGUGUUGCAAGGCUCGGAGAAAAUACUCUAAGCGUGGGGUUUUUUACGCGACUGUCCUAUAGCAGUGAAUCUUAUAAAUUUCAAGCAAACCAAAUCGCAAAGCUACAGAACGCGUCGCCAGGCUAGAAGGGAAAGCUGGCAGAAUUUCAUAUUCGGGAUUAACUUUUAUAAAGGUGGACCAAAGUAUGGAAUAGUGUGAGAAAAGUACAAGGUCAACCAGGUUAUUCGGUGCCUUUAGUGAAUACCCAAGGGGAAAGCCUGAAAGACCAAGCUGACUCUCUGGGAGCACAUUUCCAAUAUAUAUUCAGCUUGACACACUAUUCAGACCACUUCUAAAGGUACAACUUGUGAACGACAAAGGUUAGAUACCGGUAGAAUAUCUGCAAAUAGUGAGGUGUAUAAUUAACCAUUCUGACUAGCAGAGCUACAGGUCACGUCGAACAGCUGUAACAAAUGUGCUCCAGCUUCUGAUCGCCUUAUUUAUGACAUGUUAAAGCACUUACCCCAGGAAGCACAAAAAACAUUACACUCUCUGUACAAUACCAUCUGGUUUUCCAGCGAUAUCCCCUCCUCAUAAAAAGAAGGUAGUCAUAUCCUAUUUUCAUUCUUAUAUGAGACUACUUUUUAUUCUUAUAUUGAAACAGGGCAAGGAUCCGUCCUUCGUCAUAAAAUACAGGCUGAUUGCGCUGACAAGUUGCUUGUGUAAGCUUUUUGAAAAAAUGAUUAACCAUCAAUAAAUACAUCUUCUAGACACAUCAGUGUGGCUUUCGAGAAGGUCAAUCCUCCACUGAUUACCUCAUACGUAUUGAGGCGGAAAUCUGUGAAGUUUUUGUACGCAAGCGAUUUUUUUCUCACAGUGUUCCUUGACAUGGAAAAAGCAUACGACACAAUUUGGCGGUUCGGAAUACUGAGAGAUCUAUCUCACUUAGGUGUAGGAGAUAGAAUGUUGACAAUAAAAGUUACCUAUUGAAUC